AUGUUCCUAUCCGUUAACGUCAAUAUAGUUAUGUUACAAGUGUUAAAUAUCCUUCUUUUCCUGCAGUUGCCACCUUCUGCCGAAGCCAAAUAUGUGUUUGAAUGCACUGUUUCCGGUUCCGUAGUCGAAGUGAGAAAAGAACCGUUAUCUACGUUUCUUGAAAAAUGUAAGAAUGCUACGCAUCUCAAACUUAUUGAGCCUGAUAUCUUUACUCCUGGUACAUUGACGGAGAAUCAGGUGAACACUAUUUUUCAAAUCAGUCACAUAGAUAUGUGUAUUAAAAUUUCACAUGCCCCUUAUACAGAGCUCAUAUUCCUUAUGAAGAGUUUAACUGGAAAAUGUAAAGGGCCAUUUUUGGACAUUACAAUGAAUAAUCUACUGAAGAAAAUUGAAGGCGAUACAUUCAUAAGUGGACUUAGGAAUCAACCUGAUUCUAUACGAAUACGUGGGAAUCGAAGGCUAUCAGCCACAGUUCUGAAAAAAUUCAAAGGCUUCCGUGAUGUGCAACACGAAGGCGAAUGUGCGAUGCCACUUCAAAUAGGUCGAAAAAUUAAUUUUCGUAAUUGCACAUAUCUCUACGGACCCCUCGUGGUUGGUAUUGAUGUUGAAAAAGUGGAAAUACAGGCAGUGCAUGACCACUUUGUAUACACGGGAUGCGUACAAAUCAUCGAUACCCUGCUCACCGACUUGGCAAUACUCGAACGCUUUCGGAAUUUCACUCCUAUAAAGGAUUGCGAACAAUGUGAACAAACUAACAAUAUUACGCGCAACCUGCAACUCUGUGUAGAGAACCCUUCAGAAAUCCGAGCCACUUUUCCAGGAGUUCGUAUUUACCAAAACUAUGAACCAUGCAAAGCCGACCAAUGUCGAGGUGGUGCUGUAACAGAAGAAUACUUGGAGGAAACAGCUAAUUGCACGACAAGGAUAGGUGACGUGGUUCUGGCGCAAUGGAAAAAGAAGCCGCAUAAUAUAGACGUCCUUUAUAAAACAAGAGAAGUUCGGGGUCGUCUGGUCAUCUAUGGGAACAAAGGACUUGGCGAUUUUGACUAUUUCAAAAACUUGGAGAUAGUUGGUACCCCAAACGUUGAAGGAAAUGCGCCGGCAAUGGCUAUAACCGGCAAUGAAGAUCUAACAUCACUAAAAAUGCCAAAACUCACAGACGUGACACAACACGAAACCGUUGUACGAAUCAAAAUUGACGACAACAAAAAACUAAAUUUGUCUAGGAGAGAAGUGAACAGGUUUAUGGCUGCAGCAGGAGGACCAACAUAUACAGAUAUUCAUCAUGGAGAAGAGAAGAGCACGAAGCUUCCUCCAAGUACUUCAAAUAGCUCCAAGAAGCUUCAACCUAUAGUUUUCUUUAUUCUCCCUGGUGUAAUUCUGCUGCUCAUCGUCAUAAUCGUGAUUGCAUUAAUCAUUGUGAAGAAGAGAUCUCAUUCUGCACUUCCACCGCCACCCUUUCGACUCUCAAAUAAAUCCAAGACUAUACUUGGUGAAAUGUGUAAGGAAAUUCUAACAAAAAAUCCUAUGGUGUGGCGUAUACAGGAUCGGCAAUUGAUAUGGAGAUACUCGAAGGAUGAUCCCAAGCGCGAAGUUGUAUCUGGAUUGGCAAAUAAACACUCAAAUUUCCUCCAAAAUCACAGCGCAGUGCUCGUUCCUAACGCUCGGAUCCUAGCAGCGAACGCGAGAAUGUUGUAUAGUCGCAUCCAGUGUAUGAGUUCCAAUUCUCUUGUGAUUAUGAUUAGCAAAACUAAUGACGUAUCAGAUAUAGUCCCUUAUCUACCUAGCGAAGUCGGGAAAUCGUACGAUUUCCAAGAUAUGGAGUCCACAAUCAGAUUCACAUUAUUGAAAAAUAGUGGCGUAGGAGAACGAACAAUUGAUUACCUGUACAGUGUAGAAAGUCUACAAAAAGGAACUAAAUGUGAUAAGAAAAAUAUUCGUGUACUUCUUUAUGUAUGGGGUACGUUACGACUACGCAAUGAUUUUGAGGAACUGUUGCGAGUGCUACGGUUAUUCGCGAAGAAAAGACCAGUAUGCGUAAGCGAACGAAGGAAAGAAUUGUUCUCAUUAUUACACCUUAUAUACACCUAUGUAUACGAAUUACAACAAUCUAUAAAUGUCGUCGAAGCUUUCCAGCUGCAUACAGAUAAUUGCAACGGAGCUCCACUUGAUAGUAGCGAAAUGCUUUGUGCUAUGUCAUUCAUAUUAGAAUGGGCUCGUCGAUCGUCCUCAGUUCCCGCGGAGUUGACGCAGAAGCAUGCCAAUUGGUGUGAUCUAUACGAUCAAAUGUCGACCUUUUCAAGAGAACAUUCUAACAUAAUUAACAUACUACCUGCUCAUAUCGAUACAAAACGCCAGAAAGAACUACAAGAUGAAAUAGAACACGCUGGGCCGAGGAUUGGAGCAGCUUUUAGUGAACGAUCAGAAGUUCCCAUUAAAGAUAACUUUAGACGGCUUACAAAACAAGAAUUAAAACAAAGAAAAGAAACAAAUAAUCAGAAGGGGGGAAAGAAAAAAUCUAUUAUGGAAGAAGAGUCAGGAACAAAUCUGGGGCUGGAUACUACUGGUGCUACAGCAACGCAGCGGUGCCGAGCUGCAGGUGAUGAUCCACAACGAAAAGAAGAAGAAAAGCGUGUUUCAGAGGUUUCAAAAAACGCAGCUCAAACUGCUGGUAAGAAUCCUAAAUCCGAAACGAAACCAAACGUCGUCGUUCCGAAUACGCCGAAGACGAAAUAG